GUUUCUCCUUCCAGUGAUGUCUUCUUCCCAUCGUGGCACGACAGCGCGGCAGAGUGCGUUGAUUGAUGAGUUCGCCGAAAUUAGUGGCACUAACGAGGAGGUCGCAGCAUCAUAUUUACAGCGUUCCCAUUGGUCUCUGGAGUGUGCUUUGGAUAUGUUCUAUCGAGAUGGGGCACCGGGGGCAGGAUCCUGUAAAAGCUCGGUGAACAUCGGCACUGAAGCUGAUCCUUCUGGACGUUAUCGGUCCCAUCGUUCUCUGAAUAAUAAGAUCAAAGUCAACAAUUCUAAGCUCGGCCGGUUCUUCUCGGACUAUGCCUCUCUCAGUACUGAAGGCUCAGAAGGGCGAGCAAUCGGUGUAGAUGGAAUUGAACGGUUGUGUGAUGAUCUCGGCAAUGAUCCUAUGGACGAAGCUUGGUUGACGAUAGCUUACUAUUGUCAGGCAGAAACCAUGGGCGAGUUUACUAAGUCGGAAUGGACUAACGGUAUGCAGCGAAUCGGAGUGGACUCGAUGGAUGGCUUGCGUAAUGUUCUGCCGGAAUUGCGGAAAGAGAUUGAUGAGGACCGCAACUCAAGCGAGCAAAUAUAUCGAUACGCAUUCACGUAUUCACUGGAUUCUGGCGCCAAGACAUUGCCGAUAGAAGGGUGUCUGCAGCUAUGGUCUAUCUUCCUCAAGCCUCACUGGACGCUCUAUUCUCAGUGGGAAAAAUUCGUGAAGGCAGAGUGUCGUCAUAAUGUCAGCAAAGAUACUUACCAGAUGCUUUGGGAAGCUGCGACCGGUGCUAUGCGAGAUGAAGAUACUAUGAGAUCCGACUAUGAUAUAGCAGGCGGUGCCUGGCCUGUCAUGCUUGAUGACUUCUACACUUGGUUUGUGGACCCUGAUCGGGAGAAGAAGAUAGGCGCUGCUGCUGAUGAUAGCAGCAGUGAUGUGGAGAUGCAGUGAUACUUGCUC